AUGGUCCUGAGAAAUUUCCACACCGAUGCCCUCCGGGAUAUAUGUACUGAAGAGCAACUUGAUCUUCUCAAUUCCAUUGAUACCCUCCGUUCUCAAGGUAUUAGCCACUAUAUCUCGCUGCCACAGAUUAUAGUCUGUGGUGACCAGUCUUCUGGCAAGAGCUCAGUCCUCGAGGCCAUAUCCGGUGUAGGCUUCCCUGUCAAAAGCAACCUGUGCACCCGAUUCCCUACCGAGCUUGUCCUACGGAAGCAUUCCCAUGUCGGCGUUCGGGUAUCCAUCGUGCCUCACCACACGCGCAGCGAUAGUGAGCAACGAUCACUUAGUGAUUUCUGUGAACAGUUGGAUAGCUUCGAAGGCCUACCCAUCCUGAUCGAGAACGCGAAAGGGGCAAUGGGGAUAACGACCCACGGAAGGGCUUUCUCAAAUGACCUCUUGCGGGUCGAGGUGUCAGGUCCAGACCGCCCCCAUCUGACAAUUGUGGACCUCCCGGGACUUAUCCAUUCGGAAACCAAACAACAGUCGGCCAUGGAUGUUCAGCUUGUUCAGGAUGUGGUUCAAUCCUAUAUGAAAGAGCCGCGCAGCAUCAUCCUCGCCGUCGUGUCCGCCAAGAAUGACUUUGCCAAUCAAAUCGUUCUCAAAUUGGCUCGAGAUGCAGACCCAUCCGGGAAACGGACGCUCGGCAUCAUAACAAAGCCUGAUACACUCGCAGGGGGAUCGGAGAGUGAAACGAUGUUUGUGUCAUUGGCAAAGAAUCAGGACGUGGAGUUUCGGCUUGGGUGGCAUGUCCUGAAGAACAUGGACAUGGAUAAAGGCCAUCGGAGCCUAGACCAACGCGAUGCUGAGGAACUUGAGUUUUUCUCCCAAGGGAUAUGGAAAGAUUUACCAAGCUCACUAGUCGGUAUCGAUAGCCUACGGCCCCGGUUGAGUAAGGUACUGCUUUCGCAGAUCGCUACCGAGCUACCAAGCUUGAUUAGAGAGAUCGAAGACAAGACCAACCACUGCAGUACUCGCCUGCAAAGACUUGGUAAACCUCGUACUACCAUCGACGAGCAGAAGUCUCAUCUUCUGAAUAUAAGCCAAUCACUCCAGGAGCUUGUGAAAGCGGCUAUUGAUGGCACGUACAAUGACCCUUUUUUUGGGGAUGCCCACUUCACCAAAGGAUAUCACAAAAGAAUACGAGCCAUAGUGCAGAACUCCAAUGAAGAAUUCGCCGAGCGAAUUAGCCGAGGGGGUCAUUACCGACAAAUCUGUGAGCCUAAUGAUGGACAGAUACCAGCUAAGCACCAGGUCAGUGUUACUCGUGAGGAGUAUAUAAAGCACAUCAGUCAUCUUCUCAAGAGAACCAGAGGUCGCGAGCUGCCUGGGACUUUCAACCCAAUGAUCGUUCGUGAUCUGUUUUUGGAACAGUGCUCCCUGUGGGAACAGUUGACGCGGAGCCAUACGGACGGAAUAUGGGCUGCUGCCAGAGAGUUUCUCGCCCUUGUCGUUAAACAUGUCACAGAUGAAGGCACGUCGACCGCAUUGAUCGAUGAGAUCAUAGUCCCAGCCUGCGACUCUAUCAAGCAGGAAAUCGACAGCAAGACUCGAGAGUUCCUGAAGCCACACCAGACAGGGCAUCCGAUCACCUACAAUCACUACUUCACGGAAACCCUGCAGAAGAUUCGGGUCAAGCGACAGGAAGAUGAGCUCGCCAAGACCUUGCAGCGCUUCUUUAGGGUUGAUUCUUUGGAGGAGCCUUAUUACGUCCAGCAUUCGAUAAAUCUUGACCAGCUCCUCAAAUCGCUGGUGCAGGAAUCCGAACCCGACAUGGUACGUUUUGCGUCGAUCGAAGCAUUGGACUGUAUGCUGGCUUAUUAUAAGGUUGCGCUGAAGCGUUUUGUCGAUGACAUUGCCAACGAAGUUGUGGAGGGGAGACUCAUGUCUUCACUGUCCCGCAUUCUCUCGCCGGUGACUGUAUUCGACAUGCCAGCGAAUCUUAUCAUGAGGAUUGCUGGUGAGUCGAAGGAAAGCCAAACAGUCCGCGAGCAGCUCCUCAAGGAACUCUUGAUCUUGACCAAAGGUUCGGAGACCUGCAAGCGGUUUGUUAAAACAAAGAUCGACGAAGGUAGUGAACCUCUACUAGGUGACGAUUACUUGACAAUGGAUAGAUCCAUUUGUGCGGAAGUGAUAUUGGAAACAGAAAACCCGGAGCUUUCUGUCCCGUCAGAUGAACUUGUGGACCCUCCUGAGGCUCCAGAUUGGUCUAUUAACGAGAAUUCGCCACCUCCUUCCGAAGAGGAGUACAAACAAAGUGAGAUGACUUUGAAAAGAGCGAGUAAGAAGCAAGCGAGAAGCAAAAACCGCAGCUAA